UCGAACAGGAGUGGACGUCUUUAACCGAAUAGCGAAGUCGAGUUAUUUUCUCGAUUGAUACGUUUGGAUUUUGUUUUGUCUCCUAGUUUUACAAAGUACAGAGUAUUUAAGAGUUUCCGAAGUUUGUACUUUCGAGAAUGGAAGAAUUUGUUGAUCCCAGUUACGAAUACGAUGCGCCGAUGUUUGUCGACUUCUCUAAAGGCGCAGGAGAAAUUGACCCUGAAGCUGAUAGGUGGUUUGAUGGAAAAGUAGCCGAUGAAGGCGGCUGGUUGAUCGAAGAAGAUUCCUGUGAUCAGCGAUCUAAUGAACCAAACUGCGAAGCAUUCAAAAUAUCUGAGGAAGAAGCCAAAGGAAGCUCUCCUACCAAGAACGAUGAACCACCUGUGGAGCAGAAAACUGAUGUAGAACCAUUACCCGAAGCUUCUCCAAAAAAAUCAGCUCCUAAAAACUGUGUGACUUCAUGGUCAGAGUGGGUAACAAAAACCCAAACAUCGACGAACAAACAGGUCAAGACAGAAAGUGCCCCUCGUCAGUCUCAAGUCAAAAAAAAACGAGAGAAAAAGGUACCCGAAAGAAGAUCAGCUCGUCUAAGAACGUUGUCAACGUGUUCUAUUACAUCGACAUCAUCCGCCGUUUCAAGUUGUUCCUCUGACGGUGGUCCAGCGAAGAAAGUUCCAAAGAUCAAAGCACCAUUGACAUUAACUGUUCCAGAUACGCCAAAUUUUAUGAGGAGGAUUGCUCAAUCCAAAGUUGAUAAAACCCAAGCACAGAAAACAAGGGAAGAACAGGAGCUGCAGGUCAUUGCACAGAAACAAAAAGAAACUAUGGAAAAACUCAAACAGAGUAAAGUUUCCAUGAAGAAAGCUCUUGCAGGGCAGUCAUACAUGCCUUGUAGAUCAGCUGUUGACAACCUUACUCGAGCCAAAGAAUUUCACUUUGCAACAGAUUAUAGGCUUGGUCCAAGUUCUCACCAUGCAAACAAUGAGGGCAAAGGAAAGGAUCCGGACUUUGUUGGCUCUUUAAGGCAGCAUCCUCCUUCACCAACUUUCAAGAACAGGAAACCAACUGUUCCAGUGCCAUUCAAGAUGACUGAGUCCAGGAAAAGAAAAGAACCCGAUAGUGAAACUCCCUGUGAUGAAUACCAAUCCAUGGCACAAAGGGUUUAUCAGUGGCAAAAGAAGACUCCUGAGCGUUUCCAUGUGAAACCAGUCAGUGAACAGAACCAGGGGCCACCAAGUAAUACAGAGAAGGCUUCCCUGAAGCUAACAGCCCCAAAGACCCCAAAUUUAAAGUCAAGAGAUAGGAAAAGGCCACUUUCUGUUGACUGCUUAAGUAAAGAAGAACAAGAAAAGAUCCAGGAAGCAGAGAUGAAGAGUUACAAGUUCAAAGCAACUGAGCUGAAUCGCAAAAUAUUUGACUGCAAUGGGACAUUAGGAGUGUACAUGGAACCAAAAAAGCCUCUCACUGCAAUCGAACCUUUUAAUUUCAAUACUGAACAGCGAGCAGAAGUGCACAAAACAAAAGAACCGCAGGCUGACAUUGAGGAAGAUCAACCAAGAGAAAUAAAGGCAAAUCCUUGUCCUGACUUCACUAAUGUGUUUAAGCCUGAAUUGCCACAUAAAGGAACCCAAAUACAGCCAUUUUCAUUUGAGCAGCGAGACAAGGAAACAAAGCUCAAAAAAGAGGAGAAAAUUACAGCUAUCUUAGAGGAAGAAAAGAAGGCACAAGAGAAUUUCCAUGCACAACCAUUGCCGAGUUUCACUCCACCUCCCCUUCCUUCAGCAUCAAAACUCGUUACAGAACCUGUGCCUUUUGGUUUGUCAACUGAAAACCGUGGGGCUGUCAAGGCUGAAAAAUGGGGACAACAGCUCCAGCAAGAGAUUCAAGAGGAAAGAAUGAAGAGAGUUUUCAAAGCUAGAUCCACCAAUGUUUUGUACAAUGCUCCAUUCAUACCUGACAAGUCCUUUGCAAAACCAAAUACAAAAAUUGAAGAAUUCUCCAUGAAUUCAGAUAAGCGCGCAAAGGAAAGAGAAGCGUAUGAGCUGCAUAAGGCAGAGAGAGAACAAGAAGAAGAGAAGUUGAGGAAACAGAUAGAGAAAGAACGCGAGGAGGAAGAAAAGAUUUACUUGAAGAACCUGCGCAAACAACUAGUGCAUAAACCCAACCCCAUACGCAAAUAUCGUCCAGUAGAGAUCAAACAGAGUGAGAAAGAACUUACAAAUGCACAAUCGCCCCAGUGGCAUUCAACAAAGAGGAGAAAAAUGCGAGUUUGAUUGAAUUACAACCUGUUUUUGACAUAGAAAUUGUUACAACGACCAUGUUUCUUUUGCAGGUAUUGUAAUUGAUAAUCACUCAGUGUGAAUAUGGCAGAUUGUUUUCUGAAUGAAUCGGAUUAACUGGAGUGAGUUUGCACUAAAAAAAAAUUGCCAUCAAGUUAUGUUACAUAAAGUGACAGUGGAAUUAAUGUCAAGUAGUUAGUACAUGAAAAAUUAGUAAAAUCUAAUUUGGUCUGUAGUACCUUCAGAAGUGACCAACAUUUUAGUUCUUAUCCUUGUUACUUGCAUAAAAUCAUUCAAUUUUACUUGUACAUUCAUUUGUUUUGGAGUAAAUGUCACAAUUUGCUCAAUCAGUUCUGGUAUCGUGUAAUAAAUUUAUUUUAAGAGUUUA